AUGAAACAAAAGAAGUCAAAGGAUCAUACUGAUUAUAAGACCAAGUUCUCAAGUCCUGCAAAAUCCUCUGGAAUUCGAAAGAGAUCGAAUGAGCAAUACUUAUCUAAGUGUCCAAAAUCAGGAGAAAAUGGAGAAGCUCCUAUUGUACUAGAAGAACUGUCAAACCGAUAUACUGAUAACCUUAUUGGAAAAAUACCAAGAUGCUCAAGAGGUUUUGGAAGUUCAAAACGGAGAAAGGAUGCAGAGACAACUUCUAAAAAGUGUCAUCAGUGUAGGAAAAAGGAAAGAGCAGUAUUCACACUAUUGCAAAAUAUAACAAUUUCUCAUUUUACACAUAGGUAUCCAAAUCUUACAGUAUCAGACAUUUCACACGAGUGUCCCUUUUGCCGAAACAAUUGCAAUUGCAGUGUUUGCUUGCGCUCAAGAGGAACGAUUAAGACAUCUAACAGCAGCAUCACAGACGAAGAAAGGGUUCAACAUCUCCAAUACAUGAUUAACUUACUCAUUCCAUUUAUACAACACAUUUGUGAAGAACAAAGUCAAGAGCUCGAGAUUGAAGCUAAAAUACAAGGAAAAUCAAGUUCUGAGAUUGAGAUACCACAAACAUCUUGUGAGAAUGAACGUAUCUAUUGUGACCAUUGUGCUACUUCAUUUACUGAUCUUUAUCGAAGCUGCCCCGAGUGUUCCUUUGAAAUCUGCCUUAACUGUUGCAAAGAAAUACGCAAUGGAAGUAUAUCACCGCGGUGUAAUAUGAAGUUUCAAUAUGUGAAUAAGGGGUGUGAUUAUAUGCAUGGUGGUGAUCCAUUACCAGUGUCUAGUGAUUUUGGGACUUUAAGAGGUCAUUCUAAGAUAUUUAGCAAAUGGGAGGCCAACAGUGAUGGAGGUAUUAGAUGUGCACCAAAAGAAAUGGGGGGUUGUGGUGGUCAUGUGAUGGAGCUGAGGCGCAUUUUUUUAAACGGGUGGAUAUCAGACUUGGAAGCCAAAGCUCGUAACAUGGUAAAAGGUUUUUCUAAAACUGAACAAACAGUUCUUCAGAAAGAAGCAAUAUCAAGUUGCAAUUCUAAGAUAAGAGCAGCUUUUAGAGAUGGCACAAGUGAUAAUAACUUAUACUGUCCAUUGUCAAGUGACCUCAUAAAUGAAGGGUUGCUUCUCUUCCAAAAACAUUGGACUCAAGGAGAACCAAUCAUAGUUCGUGAUGUUCUUAAGCAGGGUACAGGUCUUAGUUGGGAGCCAAUGGUCACAUUAAGAGCCCUAUGUGAAAACGGGGUUCCAGGAAUCAGCUCAAAUACUACUGAAUUAAAGGCCAUUGAUUGCCUUUCUUGUUGUGAGGUAGAAAUCAAUACUCGUACAUUCUUCAAGGGUUAUACACAAGGAAGAGCAUAUGCAAAUCUCUGGCCAGAGAUGCUGAAGUUAAAAGACUGGCCUCCCUCUGACAAGUUUGAUGAUCUUUUGCCUCGCCAUUGUGACGAGUUUAUCCGCUGUUUGCCAUUUCAAGAGUAUUGUGAUCCUCAAAAUGGGAUCCUCAACCUUGCUGUAAAGUUGCCAUCCCAUGUUCUAAAGCCAGACCUUGGUCCAAAAACAUACAUUGCUUAUGGGAUUAAAGAGGAACUUGGCAGAGGAGAUUCAGUAACAAAACUUCACUGUGAUAUGUCUGAUGCUGUGAAUAUUUUGAUCCACACGACUGAGGUAACAUUGAGUGAUGAACAACAUUCUGCUAUUCCAAAACUGAAAAAAGCACACAUUGCCCAAGAUGAGAAAGAGGGACGUGCUCGAGGAAGGGUCGAUGAAUUCCUGAAUGAAGGACUUUGCAAAGACAACAGAGAAGAAUAUAAGAGUUCUGUUUCUAAAGAAACAGGUGGUGCUCUUUGGGACAUCUUUCGGAGAGAGGAUACUGAAAAGUUAGAAGCAUAUCUAAGAAAGCACUCUAAAGAAUUUAGGCAUACUUAUUGCUCUCCAGUUGAAGAGGUUGUCCAUCCAAUUCAUGACCAAUGCUUUUACCUGACUUUGGAACACAAGAAGAAUCUGAAGAAGGAGUUUGGUGUAGAACCUUGGACUUUUGAGCAACAACUUGGGGAGGCAGUAUUUAUUCCUGCGGGAUGUGCACACCAAGUCAGGAAUCUUAAGUCAUGCACAAAAGUUGCUGUAGAUUUUGUGUCCCCAGAAAAUGUCCAUAUGUGCCUGCAUUUAACUGAAGAGUUCCGUCGUCUUCCCAAGAAUCACAAGGCCAGAGAAGAUAAACUUGAGAUACAGAAAAUGAUAGUCUAUGCUGUUGACAGUGCUGUCAAAGAAUUAGAAACUUUACGUUCUUGAUCGAAUCUGAUGAAAGUAUGCUCAUUUUGGCAUGAUAGUUGAUUUUUUUCAUUUUUAUCGACGAAUGUUAAAUAUUAGUUUUUGUAAGCAGAGGAAUUGAACCACAAAUUUUCUCACCCUCUCUUCUAAAUUCACCGAACCAACCUUAUUUUUUCAAUUUGUUAGUCAGAAAUGGAACCCACGACAUUUUCUUUCCUUCUC